UGAAGGCUGAAGGCUGAAGAAAAAAAUCAUAAACAGCCGAGCAAGAUUGACGACAACAUCGAAGAAGACAAAUUACUUAAUUUUAAAGUGCUGCAUAAUCAAAUUUUCUUAAAUUGUCUUAAUCAUCUAGAGGCGUCAUUGGAUAGUUUGAAAUUUCACGGGAAACAUGUUCUCGAGGGGUGCCCUUGCUCAACCUUUGAACUUGCUGCCGCUCAGAUUCAGCAGGAGCUGCAGCAGUAAAGGGCUGCCGGAGGAGGUCAGAAAAAAGCUUACGCAAGGACCAGGACUUGGCGAUUUCAUCGAGUACGGUGGAAAAUUAAAAAGGGAAAAGGGCGAUUAUCAACGCUUGUCUCUUCCCCCGUGGCUGAAGAGAAGCAUUCCCCAGGGAGAAAAUUUCAGCAAACUGAAAUCUCAGCUGCGGACAAAGAAGCUCUCGACCGUUUGCGAAGAGGCUCGCUGUCCCAAUAUUGGCGAGUGUUGGGGUGGCAAGGAUGGACAUCCAGCCACGGCCACCAUCAUGGUGCUCGGAGACACUUGCACGCGAGGCUGCAGAUUUUGCUCCAUCAAAACGUCGAAAGCGCCUCCGCCGCCUGAUCCAGACGAGCCGUACAACACGGCGCAAGCAAUCAAGGACUGGGGUGUGGGCUACAUUGUGAUAACAUCGGUCGAUAGGGAUGAUUUGCUCGACGGUGGAUCAAAUCACUUUGCAAAAACUGUCAUCGAGAUUAAAAAAGCUAACCCGAGCAUUCUAGUCGAGUGUCUCUGUCCUGAUUUUGCCGGAGACAAAACUGCGGUCGACACAGUCAUCCACAGCGGCUUGGACGUUUUUGCGCACAACAUCGAAACCGUGGAGGAAUUGACGCCUUUCGUCAGGGACCACAGGGCAAAGUACAGACAGAGUUUAGGAGUUUUAAAACACGCCAAAGACACUCUGCCAAAUCUAAUAACAAAGUCGUCGAUAAUGCUCGGACUGGGAGAAACCGACGAACAAAUUAUGCAGACCAUGUUAGAUCUUAAGGAGGCAGGCGUGGAUUGUGUCACGCUCGGACAGUACAUGCAGCCAACAAAACGUCACCUCAAGGUUGUUGAAUAUGUGACGGUUCCUUCAUUUGAGAGAUGGGCAAAGGUUGGUGAUGAACUGGGUUUCAAAUACACAGCAAGUGGUCCUUUAGUGAGAAGUAGUUACCGAGCGGGCGAGUUCUUUAUUACAGGCAUAGUUAAUGCUCAAAAGAAAAAACUGUCUCAGCAGACAUGAUGAUAAACUUAUUGUCACUUAUUGUUAUGUGUGAUUUAAUAAAUUUUAUUUCUUAUUGUUCA